AUGGCUAGCAGAGUAUCUAAGGCUACAAAGAAAUUUCAGUCUAAGCAUUUGAGAAAUGCUAUCGACAAGAGACGUAAGGACAAAGAAUAUAACAAAAGAAUUCAAAGUCGUCGUGGUAACAAGACUUUAGAACAGAAAAGAGAACUUGCUGGUACUAAAGAUGAACAACGUAUGAGAAAAUCUGUUAAAGAAGAAGUAUUCAGAGAUUUAUCUGUUGAGAAGUUCUUUUCAGAUGGGUUCAGUGUUCCAAAAGCAUCAAAGAAAAUGAGAGAAAUUUCAAAGAAUCAACGUAAUGAUUCUGAUUCUGAUGAAAGCGCCGAAGAUUUAAAUUCUGAAGAUGAAACCGAAAUGAAAAGAUAUUUGGAAGAUAAUCAUGAAGAAUUAGUCGGCAAUGAAGAUAAAGAAGAAGAAGAACAACAACAAGAGGAAAGAAAUCACUCCAAUUUAACUGAAAUUACCGAAAUGAUGAUUAAAAAAUGGGACUCAGAAUUAGUUAAUAAGCCAAACUUAAAAUCAAUCAAAAAUAUUACAAGGGCAUUCCAAUUGGCUGCUAUAGAUGAAGAUAACAUUGAUAUUAAGGGAAAUUCUUAUUAUAUCACUUCAGAGGAAGUUUUAGAAAGUGUAAUCGCUGUUGGUUUAAAUAAGCUGCCAAAGGCCAUUGUCCAAAUUGUUGCAUACAAGGAAAAAAAAGGUGUUAGAUCCUUAGCUAAUGGUUCCACAGUUACUGAAUUGAUCGAAGUGAUGAAAUACCAUUUGCCCUCUCUUUUGAAUUUACUAUCAACAUUAACAGAUGUAGACACCAUAUUCGAAGUUUUAUCAUCAAUCAAAGAGUUACUACCGUAUAUUAUCGCUGAUAAAAAGAAUACCAAAAAACUUAUUAACUCAUUAGUUACAGUAUGGGCUGAUAUUGAAGAUGAUCUAGCAAGGGUAUGCAUUGUCAACUUUUUAUGCGAGUUUUGUACAGAAUACAAAAAAGAUCUUUUGGAGAAAACCUUAAAAUUAAUAUACACUGCUUUUGUCAAAGGCUGUCGUAAAACCAACAAGGAUACUAUUGGAGUAAUCAUAAGUCAGAUUGACUCAAUAACAGAACUGUUCAAAAUUGAUGAAGCUACCACAUACACUAUUGGAUUUGAAUCAAUUAGACAGUUAGCCUUACAUUUGAAAAGUGCAAUAAGUUCAACUUCCAGCAAUAAUACCUCAGAAGAUCCAACUGAUGUAUAUAAAACGGUUUACAACUGGCAAUUUAUCCAUUCAUUAGACUUCUGGUCAAAAGUAUUGAUUGCAACAUAUGAUUUGGAUUUAAAGAAUAAAGAUUCUCCAGCAAAGCAGCUUGCCCAACCUAUAAUAUCAACUACAAUUAGUUUCAUGAGAUUAAUUCCAACAGAACAAUUUUUACCAUUGAGAUUCUAUUUAUUAAGGACUUUGAUAAACAUUAUACAACAGACAGGAUUAUCGAUCCCGGUAUUCCCAUACAUCAGUGAAAUAUUAUUUUCCAAUACUUUUGCCAAACCAGGUAGAAAAAAUGAAGAGUUGGAAGAGUUUGAUUUCUUCUUAAAUUUUAAAUGUUCACCAGAAUAUAUUGGCACCAAGGUGUAUCAAACAGGAGCCUGGUCUGAACUUAUUGCAGUUAUCGCUGAAUUUUUAAUUGCUUAUUGUAAGAGCAUUUCAUUCCCAGAAUUAGUUACCCCAGUAAUUCUAUCUAUUCGUCGCUUUAAUGAUAUCGUAACGAAUGGCCAAUUCAAUAGUCCAUUAUACCACCUAAGUGAUAAAUUGACUCAACAUUGCCAAUAUAUUGAAAGAAUGAGAUCCAACGUAAUCUAUUCCCCAAGCAAUACAUCUCAAGCAACUAAAUUCCUUGCCGAUGUCACUUGGGAAGAGACCCCAUUGGGUCCUUAUUUGAAAUCUCACCGCAAGCAAAUCCAGUUGGAAGAAUAUGAAGACGAAGAUGAACUAAGUGAUAUCGAAAUAUCCGAUUCUGAGUAA